AUGAGCGGAGGAGUUGAUGAUAUCGAUGUUGACAUCGACGACCACCGUGAUCAUCGAAACAACAACAACAUGAACGAUUCGACGACGACGAUUGAGAUUAAACACGGGAAAGCUUCAAUCCACAUCGAAAUUUCCAAGCGGAGUACCAUUCGUGAGCUGAAAAGAAAAAUUGAACGAGAAACCGGCAUCGAGCCGAUGAAUCAAAAGAUGCCGAAUUUGAAGCUCGGAAAACACUUAGCGCCGGACGAAGCGUCGAUCGAGAGCUUGGGGAAACUGCCGAAUAAAGUGAUGUUAUUAGGGAAAUCGACGAAAGAUGUGACUGAGUUGAAGAAUUUGGAGAAGGAAAUGCUGGAGAAAGCGCCGGAGAUUUUGGAUGAUUUCGAAAGCGACGUGUUGGAUUCGGAGCCUUUGUUGUGUUACGCGGAUCCGGUGUACGUGGCGAGGUUAGCGGCGAGGGUGGAGAAGUAUAAAGGGUUGAGUCCGUUGAACGAGACGAGAGAAGGGAAGAAAUUGUUGGUUUUGGAUAUCGAUUACACGUUAUUCGACCACCGAACGCCGGGUGAGAACGCGCAAGAGUUGGCGAGGCCGUAUCUGCACGAUUUUUUGUCGAGCGCGUAUAAGAGGUACGACAUCGUCAUCUGGAGCGCGACGAGCAUGUUGUGGGUUAAAACGAAAAUGCAAGAAUUAGGCGUGUUAUCGCAUCCGAGCUAUAAGAUCUUAGCGUUAGUGGAUUCUGGAUCUAUGAUUACCGUCCAAACUAAAGAACGAGGCAUUUUCAAUUGCAAACCGCUCGGAUGGAUUUGGGCGCAACCGUGGAGCCAAGAGCGAGGGUACGAUUCCAGCAAUACCAUCAUGUUCGACGAUUUGCGCAGAAACUUCGCCAUGAACCCAUCUUCCGGGUUGAAAAUUAAACCCUUUCGAAACGCGCACACGAGCCGAGCGACCGAUAACGAGUUGAAAAAGUUGAAAGUGUACGUCGAUAUCAUCGCGAGAGAAAACGUAGAUUUCAAAACGUUGGACCACAAAAAAUGGGAGCGAUACGUGUUGAAAGCUUUAAAAGAAGGAAAGUUAUCAGAGCACGAGGCAAAAGAAGUGAAAUCAUUUUGGCCAAACAGCACGGUCGUUCGCGAGUUGUUGGCCAAUCAGCAACCCGGCGCUGUUGCUGCUCAAACUGGAAACCAACAACAACAACAACAACAACAACAACAAGAGCAAAGAGAGGAGACCGAAGACGGGGGUCAACGUCAACAACAACAAAAGCAGCAACAACAACCCAGCGGAGGAGGAGAAAAAAGAAGCGGCGGUAGAGACGAGCAAUAG